CGGAUUGCAGGCUGAUCUUGUCAUUUAAUUUUCAAUUUUCAUUUUUUAGUUUUAUUCGUUGUGGUAUGAGUUGUGCUCGUGUGAUGUGCACCGUAUAGAAUCAAAAAUUUAAAUUAAUCGUAAAAAAUUAAUGAUCUGUAAAUAUAUAUUCAAUACUAUUUAAACUGUUAGGGUGGAAUAUGAAUACAGAAAAACAUAUGGAAGGUGAGAAGGUGAAGGAGAACAUAGUGUCCCCCGGUGUGGCGACGCGCUGGGUGGCGCUAGCGGCGCUGUGCUCGGCGGCCACGCUGCUGGUGGCGGGCGCGUUCGACGCGGCCCUGCCCGCGCCGCUUGACCGCUCCGCGCCGCCCGACCGCUUCAUCGCGCAGAACGCCUACGAGCACCUCGUCAACCUCACAUCUAUUGGACCUAGGGUGGCGGGUAGUUACGAGAACGAGGUGGCAGCAGUGAAGGUGCUGCUGGAGGCGGCGCGCGGCGUGCAGGCGGCCGCCUCACCGCACAACCACGUGGAGGUGGAUGUGUUCUCGGCGAGCGGGGCCUUCGCCCUCACCUUCAUUGAUGGCAUGACGAACAUGUACCGUGACGUGCAGAGCGUGGUGCUGCGCGUGCGGGGCGCGGGCGGGCGCGCGGGGCCCGCUCGGCGCCGCCCCGCCGCGCUGCUGCUCAACUGCCACUUCGACACCGUGCCCGACAGCCCAGGCGCGAGCGACGACGGCGCGGGGUGCGCGGUGGUGCUGGAGACGGUGCGCGCGCUGGCCGCCGCGCCGCGCCCGCUGCGCCACGACGUGCUGGCGCUGCUCAACGGCGCCGAGGAGAACAUCCUGCAGGCCUCGCACGCGUUCGUCACCACGCAUAAAUGGGCGAAGUCGCUGCGCGCGUUCAUAAACAUAGAAGCGUGCGGUGCGGGCGGGCGCGAGGUGCUGUUCCAGGCGGGCCCGCACGACCCCUGGCUGCUGGAGGUGUACGCGGGCCGCGUGCCGCACCCGUUCGCGUCGUCGCUGGCGCAGGAGCUGUUCGAGAGUGGCCUCAUCCCCGCCGACACAGACUUCCGCAUCUUCCGUGACUUCGGCAACAUCUCAGGCGUGGACCUGGCGUGGAGCAGCAACGGCUACGUGUACCACACGCGCCUGGACACCGCCGCGCGCGUGCCGCCCGCCGCGCUGCAGCGCACCGGCGACAACGUGCUCGCGCUCGCGCACGGUCUAUUAAAUAGUGAGCAGCUGGAGCAGGCGGCGGAGCGGGCCCGGCAGCCGGUGUUCUUCGACGUGCUGGGCGUGGUGGUGGUGCUGGCGCGCGGGCCGGCCGCCGCGCUGGCCGCGCUGGCCGCGCUCGCGCUCGUCGCCGCCAGCCUCGCCCUCGACGCGAGGGACGCGCGCAAGCACCUGUACCUGCCGCCGGGGCAGUGGGUGCGCGUGGUGGGGCGCGCGCUGGUGUCGCUGGCGCUGGCGCAGUGCUGCGGGCUGGCGGCCAGCGCGGCCGUGGCGCUGUCGCUGCACGCGGUGGGCGCGCGCCUGGCCUUCUACUCGCGGCCCUGGCUGCUCGUGCCGCUGUAUGCCGUGCCAGCGGUGUGCGCGUCGUGGUGGGACGCGCGGCUGACGUGGGGCAAGGCGGCGCGGCGCGGCGGGGCGGCGGCGCUGGCCCGCGGGCAGUGGGCGGCGCGGGCCUGGCGCGGCGCGCUGGGCGCGGCGGCGGGCGGCGCGCUGGCGGGCGGCGCGGCGCUGGGCCUGCGCAGCGCCUUCGUGCCCGCGCUGUGGGCGCUGGCGGCGGGCGCCGACGCGCUGUGGGCGGCGCUGCGCGUGCGGCCGGCGGCGCGCGCGGCGUGCUGGGCCGCGGCCGCCGCGCUGCCCGCCGCGCAGACCGCCUACCUGGCGCUGGGCUGCGUCAACAUGUUCGCGCCCGUCAUGGGCCGCGCCGGCACCACGCUCGUGCCGCCCGACGUAAUUAUGGCGCUAAUAGUGGGGUCGUUGACUUUGACGGUCUUCAGUUGGAUGUUACCUAUCGUCGUUACGGCUAAAAAUCCACGAAUCCUGCUGUACGCGGGCUGGUCGGUGACGCUGUGCGCGUGGCUGGUGGCGGCGGGCGCGCGCGGGUGGCCGUACAGCGCGGCGCGGCCGCAGCGCGUCAUGCUGUUCCACACGCGCCGCUCCGUGCACGCGCCCGUCCCGCCCCCCGCACACGUCACGCACCAGGACUUCUACUGGCUGCCCGAGCUCGACGCCAACACGCCGCACUCGCUCGACGAGUACGUGGCGGGCAUGCGCGACGCCGUGGCCACGCCGGCGGCGGAGUGCGCGCGCUGGGUGUACUGCGGCGCGCCGUACUACCUGCCGGUCGCGUCGCUCGUGGCGCGCGGCCACGCGCUGCCCGCCAGCUCCGCCCCGCCCACGCAGCUCGACCUCUCCGCCAGCCUGCUGCCCGCCGCCGACCAUCCCAUGUACCAGAGGAAGGAGUUGAGGCUGGAUAUUAAUGGUACCAACCACAUAGUAGUGAUCCUGGCGCCGACCGCGGGCGGCGAGAUCACGUCGUGCCGAGCGCGGGGCGCGGGGCGGGGCGGCGCGGCGGGCGUGCGGCCCCAGCCCGGCCCGCGCUGGCGCCGCGCACCGCACACGCUGCGCACGUACUUCGUCACGCUGCACGACGCGCGCCCGCCGCGCCCCUGGCAGCUCUCGUGUGAUAUACAGCGGCCGCUCACCGCCAACGACUCGCAGUGGGUGCACAUGUCGGUGGCGGGGCACAGCAUGUUCGGCGAGCGGCAACGCGGGCCGCAGCACGCCGCGCUGCUGGCCGCGCUGCCCGCCUGGACCGCGCCCACGGGCUGGGCCGUGCACCUGCACCUGCUCUCCGUCUGACGCUGCUAGCCCUCCCCCCCCCACCCGGGCCGCAGCACGCCGCGCUGCCCGCCUGGACCGCGCCCACGGGCUGGGCCGUGCACCUGCACCUGCUCUCCGUCUGACGCUGCUAGCCCUCCCCCCCCCCCCCCGGCCGCAGCACGCCGCGCUGCCCGCCUGGACCGCGCCCACGGGCUGGGCCGUGCACCUGCACCUGCUCUCCGUCUGACGCUGCUAGCCCUCCCCCCCCCCACCCGGGCCGCAGCACGCCGCGCUGCCCGCCUGGACCGCGCCCACGGGCUGGGCCGUGCACCUGCACCUGCUCUCCGUCUGACGCUGCUAGCCCUCCCCCCCCCACCCGGGCCGCAGCACGCCGCGCUGCCCGCCUGGACCGCGCCCACGGGCUGGGCCGUGCACCUGCACCUGCUCUCCGUCUGACGCUGCUAGCCCUCCCCCCCCCCACCCGGGCCGCAGCACGCCGCGCUGCCCGCCUGGACCGCGCCCACGGGCUGGGCCGUGCACCUGCACCUGCUCUCCGUCUGACGCUGCUAGCCCUCCCCCCCCCACCCGGGCCGCAGCACGCCGCGCUGCCCGCCUGGACCGCGCCCACGGGCUGGGCCGUGCACCUGCACCUGCUCUCCGUCUGACGCUGCUAGCCCUCCCCCCCCCACCCGGGCCGCAGCACGCCGCGCUGCCCGCCUGGACCGCGCCCACGGGCUGGGCCGUGCACCUGCACCUGCUCUCCGUCUGACGCUGCUAGCCCUCCCCCCCCCACCCGGGCCGCAGCACGCCGCGCUGCCCGCCUGGACCGCGCCCACGGGCUGGGCCGUGCACCUGCACCUGCUCUCCGUCUGACGCUGCUAGCCCUCCCCCCCCCCACCCGGGCCGCAGCACGCCGCGCUGCCCGCCUGGACCGCGCCCACGGGCUGGGCCGUGCACCUGCACCUGCUCUCCGUCUGACGCUGCUAGCCCUCCCCCCCCCACCCGGGCCGCAGCACGCCGCGCUGCCCGCCUGGACCGCGCCCACGGGCUGGGCCGUGCACCUGCACCUGCUCUCCGUCUGACGCUGCUAGCCCUCCCCCCCCCACCCGGGCCGCAGCACGCCGCGCUGCCCGCCUGGACCGCGCCCACGGGCUGGGCCGUGCACCUGCACCUGCUCUCCGUCUGACGCUGCUAGCCCUCCCCCCCCCACCCGGGCCGCAGCACGCCGCGCUGCCCGCCUGGACCGCGCCCACGGGCUGGGCCGUGCACCUGCACCUGCUCUCCGUCUGACGCUGCUAGCCCUCCCCCCCCCACCCGGGCCGCAGCACGCCGCGCUGCCCGCCUGGACCGCGCCCACGGGCUGGGCCGUGCACCUGCACCUGCUCUCCGUCUGACGCUGCUAGCCCUCCCCCCCCCACCCGGGCCGCAGCACGCCGCGCUGCCCGCCUGGACCGCGCCCACGGGCUGGGCCGUGCACCUGCACCUGCUCUCCGUCUGACGCUGCUAGCCCUCCCCCCCCCACCCGGGCCGCAGCACGCCGCGCUGCCCGCCUGGACCGCGCCCACGGGCUGGGCCGUGCACCUGCACCUGCUCUCCGUCUGACGCUGCUAGCCCUCCCCCCCCCACCCGGGCCGCAGCACGCCGCGCUGCCCGCCUGGACCGCGCCCACGGGCUGGGCCGUGCACCUGCACCUGCUCUCCGUCUGACGCUGCUAGCCCUCCCCCCCCCACCCGGGCCGCAGCACGCCGCGCUGCCCGCCUGGACCGCGCCCACGGGCUGGGCCGUGCACCUGCACCUGCUCUCCGUCUGACGCUGCUAGCCCUCCCCCCCCCACCCGGGCCGCAGCACGCCGCGCUGCCCGCCUGGACCGCGCCCACGGGCUGGGCCGUGCACCUGCACCUGCUCUCCGUCUGACGCUGCUAGCCCUCCCCCCCUCCCCCCCACCCCGCUACCGCGGCACACGGGACUACGUAAGAGGACAAGCUUAACAAUGUAGGACAGUGACUAUUAUGGGAUCACAGUUAUGAUUGAGUCACUUAGCGAGCAAUGUUGCGACAUCAUUGCAUAUUAUGUAUUUCUAAAUACUACAGUCUCUAUAAUGACAGAGCAAAUCACUUUUUUAUUAUUUUGGAUUGAAAUUUGUUUUCAAUCAAUUAUUUUGCUUUUAGUUAUGUAGCAAUGUAUGCAAUACAAACAUUGAAUAAAAUACCUACAUAAGUAGAUCUUUUGCAAUAAAUAUUUGAUUUAUACGCUUAUAUGUGUCAAGGUAUAUAUACUAAAUGUGGUGUUCAUUGAAAUAAUAUUUAAUGUUGUGCUUUAAUUAUUAUAUUGCUUAUAACAAUAAUCAAAGUUUAAUGAAUCCUGUCCAAAGAGUAUAAAUUAACAUUCCCUAAUUUAUAUUUAACAACAUUGUGUACACAAUUCCCAAUGCACUAGAAUCUAGAUAGCUCCGAUUUGGGCUGUGAACCUUAAAUAAGUUGUAGUCUGACUCAAGAGCAUGCUUGUUUUUAUUUGUUUAAUGGUCCCUCUUCACAAUGAGCAGCGUUGGCCCAACAAAUGAUCGUCGAUUUUGGCCGCCAUUACAGCGAUUAUCUUUCAAUAUCUACAAUGACGUCCGAUCAUAGACAUUUAGGCCGUCAGAGGCAAUCACGAUAGUGUCUCUUAGUACCAUGGGGAUUGCCUCUACUCGCCCAACACUACCCAUUGUGAAGAGGGCCCAUUACAUCCCUAAAGUUUUUAGCAAAAAUCUAGUAACAUUUAUUUCAAUAUUAACAAUCAAUUUUCAAUAAUAUAAAUUUUGAAAGCCUAUAGCUAUAAAAAAGCAAAUUGUAAUCAAUUCAAUUAUGAUAGCAUAUCAAUUUAAUUUAUAGUAUAGUUAUGUAACAAAGUUGUGACUAUAGUUAUGUAGAUCUUUUAGUGAAAUCUGGCAAUGACGCUGAUCAACAUGUAUUCUAAUAUACUAUUGUAAUGUUUGUCUCUGGCUGAUAUAUCGUAAUUAAAUCGCAAAAGUUUUACUGCUCAAUAUUUUAAAAUACACAAUAUUUUAAAAACUGUAAUUUUAAGGUAAAAGCAAUUAAAAUCUAAAUGAAAUGAAUAACACCAUGUAAUAACACGACCCUUCGGUAAAGCGUCAUUGUUAAAGUUGCCAAAUACAAGACAUGAUGGUUAAUCAUAAUUAUCAUCAAUUAUUAGUUGUAAUGUAGCGAUAGUUGAUCGUAGCCGUCCGUUUACUGUUUGGUUUGGAUAUGUUUAGAGUUUAUUGUUUAAGAUUAGUAUAAUAAGGCCUUUCAAAAGUCAGUUCCUACUGACAUAGGUAAUUUAAAGGUGUGAGAAAAAAAAAAGAAAUAAUAUGGUUGCUCGAUAAACAAAUGUGCAACUAUAGGGGCCUAUGAAUGUAGACAGUGAUGCUUGAUGAUAUUUUAUAAAUAAGAUUAAAUUGUAUUUGUAAUUAUACCAAUGAAAUUAUUCUAUUAUACGAAAAAGAUUGACAAUUUAAAAUAAUACAUGCUUUUACAAUAAAGCUUCAGUCUUGCACAAAAUGAAUUAAUGUUUUGCUUUAUAAAUAAGGUAAUUAUAUUCGUAAAUAUACAUAUACGAGGCACAAAAUAAAUUAAAUAAAAUAUCGAUAGUUGUACUCUUUCUCUAUAAAACUACAAUAGAAUCACUAAUAUUAAUCACAAAAUUCAUUUUUAUUCAAUUAAACUUCUAUUGAUGUAACUAAUUUAUGAUUUAAUUAUCACCUAUAUUUACUUGAAGUUCUGUAAAAAAAAACUCUAUUCAAUUUUAAUUAAUAGUCUAUAAUUAUUUAAACCACUCUUUAAAUUUUAGUAUAAAAUUUAUUUGAUAUAAGUUUGGUGCCAGGUAGUUAUAUUACAAUGUGAUUGUUAAUUAUAUCAUAAUAUGCGGGUACCUACUUACAGUGCCCUCAGAAGAAGGUAAUGUGUUUGUAUCAAAUGGUAAUAUUUUAAUGUGUUGUGUUUAUGUUAACUGAAUAAAAUGUUGAUGAUAUAU